AAAGAACUGCGACCCUUAGACUGCGAGCUCUAUCGACGAGUCUCCGUACCACUGCCCCUCCAUCCACUCGACAAACCAUCCUAUCUCGGUCGCACUUCCACCCUCUGCCAACAGCAGUGGCAUCCUCACGCCUAUCGAAACUUUCAUCUCAUUUCUCCACAUCCGGCAUCAAUAUGUCGUCCAAUACGAAGGAGUGCGAUUACCUAGUGUUGGGUAUCGGUAGUGGUGGUAUUGCCUCUGGUCGACGAGCAGCCAAACACGGCGCCAAAGUCAUUGCGAUUGAAUCAUCACGAUACGGCGGUACCUGUGUGAACGUUGGUUGUGUACCGAAGAAGGUGACUUGGAAUGCCGCAGCCAUUGCGGAAACCUUCAAGGACGCGCCCGCAUACGGCUUCCAGGUUGGCGGCGUACCGGACUUUGACUGGCCAUACUUUAAGAAGAAGCGAGACGACUACGUCAAGCGCCUAAACGGCAUCUACGAGAACAACCUGAACAAGGACGAGAUCGAGCACUUCAGAGGGCGUGCGAAAUUCGUUGCAAAGGACGAGGUCGAGGUUGCACUCAAUGACGGAGGUGUCCAGCGCAUCAAGGCGAAACACAUCCUCAUUGCGACCGGAGGACGACCCAUGAUACCCGAUAUUCCCGGCAAGGAACUUUGCAUCAACAGUGACGGUUUCUUCGACCUUGAGAAGCAGCCCAAGAGUAUCGCGACAAGCGGCGCAGGAUAUAUCGGUGUUGAGAUGACUGGUAUGCUCCAUGCCCUGGGCACGAAAACACACUUCUUCAUCCGUGGUGAUAAGCUUCUCCGGAGUUUUGACCCUAUGAUCCAAGACACUGUAACCCAGGAGUAUGAACGUCAAGGCAUCAACCUGUACAAGGGUACACAAAUCACAAAGGUAGAAGAUAUCGGCCAUGGACUGAAGCGUGUCACCUACCAAGAGACUGAGACGAAGAGGGAAUCGACUGUUGAGGUCGAAGAGGUCCUCUUCGCGACUGGUCGUGUGCCGGAAAUCGAAGACCUCAAGAUCGCCGACUUUGGCAUCAAGCUCAACGAAAAGAACCACAUCGUGACCGACGAGUACCAGAACACGUCCAUCCCUAACAUCUAUGCCAUCGGAGAUGUUUGCGAUCGCGGCUUUGAACUCACCCCUGUGGCCAUUGCCUCUGGCCGUCGCCUGUCUGACCGUCUCUUCAACAACCAGCCCGAUGCACACCUGGAAUACGAAAAUAUCCCCUCUGUCGUUUUCGCCCACCCCGAGAUCGGUUCGAUUGGCUUGACUGAGCCCGAAGCCCGCAAAAAGUAUGGUGACGACAAGAUCAAGAUCUACAAGACCCAGUUCACAGCCAUGUACUUCGCCAUGAUGGACCCUAGCGAGAAGCAGCCCACGGCCUACAAGAUCAUUUGUGCAGGUGAUAAUGAGAAAGUCGUUGGUCUGCAUAUCUUGGGUCAGGGCAGCAGUGAAAUCCUGCAAGGAUUUGGUGUGGCGAUUAAGAUGGGUGCAACGAAGAAGGAUUUUGAUAACUGUGUGGUACGUGGUAUUCUAACCUUCCUUUCUUGUGCUAUUGUCCGUCCCUUGCUGCAUAUGCCGCAAUUUCUCGCUUACUCGGAUGACGAAACCGCAUUGUCAAGGUUCAAGGAUGGUGACAGCACUGGAAUUUUUAUACUGAUGCACAUCGAUGCAUACUGA